AUGACUGAAACAGCAGGUCAAUUAUUAAGUCACGCUGUUCCGGUUUGCCAAUGGCUCCCACAAAAUACAUCUAAUCCAACUUCAACGUUGUCUGCUUACCCACGCUUUCCAGAGACCGUGAGGGAAUGGACUGGGUUCUCCCGGGCUAUAAGGCUUACCGGUGCACUUCCAGGGGGACAAUUCCCCUUACAUGCAACUAUUGCACGACCUCUCAGAGUCGAAGACGACGCAAAAACUCGUUUAUAUCAAAAUGUUUUGGCGCCUGUCGAUGCAUUAUUACCAGCACAAGGACCACAAGAAGCAACAUUUUGUGCGACGCCCCGAGGAUUUUUAGGCCUUUCCGAUCAUGUUUUAUGUACUAAUAAUUCCACAGUGGCCAAAAUGCCUGUUGAAAUAAAAACGCGUCACAAUCUGGAUUUAGGAAAUUAUAAUCUCUGGGAAGUUUAUCGAAGUGUUGACCGGAAUCGAAUAAGGGAUGGGGAUCCAAAUAUGAAAUUUAAGAAAAGAAUCUUGUCGCAGGCGUUUGGCGCAAUGGCCUGUAAUGGCCUUCAUUACUGCACAUUAUCAAAUUAUAGCGACACAUACUUUCUUAAGCGAGAAGAAGCUAGACCAACCACUUUGUAUGCUACCAGUGUUUUUCGACCUAACGAUACCAAUCCAACUUUAUGCGAAUGUGUUUACUACAUCAGCCAACUUGCUCUUGCUGAUAAUGUCGGUAAUAGAUUAGAACCUGUUGAGAAGAGGAAGAGUUCUUCGAAACAGACCGGUAGUAAAAAGAGGGCAGUUCCAUCAUCUUCUAAGGGAAUUACGACUAUAGACGAAUAUAUAGGCGGUGGGAGUUUUGGAAAAGUUUUCUCCGGCAAAUAUCAUGAUCAAGCUGUGGCCUGGAAGACCUGUGACGCGUAUAAGGAAAAAGAAAAGAAAGAAAUGUUAAGAGUUGAAGCAAAUGUAUACUCAAUUUUAAAGGAAUGUCAAGGACAUGCUAUUCCAUGUUUGUUUUAUGAAGGUUAUGUUUAUGACGGUUAUCUCUAUGCAUUGGCGUUACAGCUAAUUGAAGAUGCUCGUCAUAUAGAUACAGCAGUACUUACUACAGAAGAAAAGGAAUCAAUAAUAGAACAACUGAAGUCAAUACAUAGUUUUGGCGUCUUACAUAAUGAUAUUGCUCAGAGAAAUAUUCUCUUUGAGCCAAAAAGAGAAAAAGAGAUUAAAAAAAUUGUUACAACUUUAGUCCUUGCCAGGCAACUUCUAACUCCACCAUUUGCUCCAAUUUACUCUUUUUGCUUAUCCACCAAAUCUUUCAAUACUUCUGCUUGCGGUUUAGUUAAAGCACAGCUUAAUCUUCAUCUAUUCAUAUGA